UAGAAAGAGCAUUCCAAUAUGGCUCAAUUUAUUUGAUUCUUAUUUGACCACACAUUUCCUUAGGCAAAAUCAAAAGAGUGGAUAACAAAACCAGGAGGAGAAGAAAAGAAGCCAAAGGCCAAGAAAUGCCACUACUGAAACUUCUCCACCACCACCACAGUCUAUCUCCGGCAGUGAAACAUCUCACUCCUCCACAUCAUCUCCGAUCAAAUCUUUUCCCUCCGCCAGCGGCGUUACAGCCGAAGAAUGGUUGUUUUAUGAGUUCGAGAAGCCGCCUGAGAAACCAGCGGCAUAGAUCAUGUGCACCUUCAAUUUCAGCCUCAUCUGCACCACUCGAUUUGACAGAGGACAAUAUCAAACAGGUUUUAGCCGAUGCCAAAACCGAGUUGGCGCAACUCUUCGACACUUCAGUUAACAUAACCGGAAAAGUAGAACUUGUCGAACUAGACGGACCGUAUGUAACGAUCAGCCUCAAAGGCCGGUUUUGGCAUACGCGUUCCAUGGUUUUGGCGAGGCUCGGUAAUUACUUGAAGCAGAGAAUCCCGGAAAUCUUGGAGGUGGAUGUUGAAGAUGAGAAGCAGUUGGAUGAUAGCCCAGAAAACUUUUGAAAGUUCAUUACUAUUUAUUCGUCGAGGCUCGGAUGGAGAUCUCGAUUGCACGGUCUUAUUGUUAAAUCGAUUCCAAUUCCUAAAUUUAAUUUUAAUUAAUUUCAAAUCACACUAAUGUUCUCUCGUAAUCUCUAAUUCGGGCAAUACACAUUAUUCAUGUCGA